AUGGGCAAUUCACAUUGGCAAGAUGAGCAACGUAUCGUCAACCCAGCAACGCUUUUGCAAAAUAACUGCUUGGACAACACAGCGCAACACAAUCACAGAUCAAGUUCCGGUCGCAAUAGAGUCGCAUCUUUUACAACUGAUUUGGAAGUGCAGCAGAACUGGGACGUGCCGCGGAUAUCAACGAGCAUUCCUCAGGCUGUGCAGCCGAGAAAAGGAUCCCUGCAACUGUGGCAGUUCUUAGUUACUCUGCUAGACGAUCCCGGCAACAGGAGUUGCAUCGCGUGGACAGGCAGGGGGCUCGAAUUCAAGCUGAUAGAGCCAGAAGAGGUUGCCCGACGCUGGGGAGUGCAGAAGAACCGGCCUGCCAUGAAUUACGACAAGCUGAGCCGUUCGCUGCGGUACUACUACGAAAAGGGUAUAAUGCAGAAGGUGGCCGGCGAGCGCUACGUUUACAAGUUCGUCUGCAGUCCGGACGCCCUGUUCACGAUGGCCUACUCGAGCGAAGGGAAGAAGAACAGCCACGCCUCGAUCGGGCAGCAGACGUCCGGCGGCCUGUAUGGCCAGCAGCGUCAGGUCCCGCGCUACACCAGCCUCGAGAACUACCCUGGCGAUCUGACCGCAGGCCAAGCUAUCUCGUGCAACGAGCAGUACGAGAUUUUCAACCAGGUGUGCGGCAACAACCUGGCAUUCCAGAGUCUGGACACUUACCACAGCUUGCAGCAGACGGCCGGCCAGAAACUGUCCUACUACGACUUGGCGCCAUCGAGUUACGAGGAAUCGAGGCAGGACUUCAAGAGGCGGGCUAGAAUUUGCUGCAAGACUAGUCCUCCAAUGUUGAUCGGGGAGAGUGCGAAUGCUGAGAAGGAAGUUGAGACCAGAAGCAUCGAGAGGAACCUCAAAGUGUGUGUUGCUGACUAUCUCAGCUCUAACUAUUCCAACUGACUUUAAAAUGAGCAGUAUUGGUAUUGAUCAUUAUCAAUUGACGAGAAGGUUGUUGUCGUAACUUGAAAUGCAGUAGCAUGCCACCCUACUUUAAUUUCAAACAUUCAUCUAACUCUUAAUUUAAUGUUUUUACGCAGGGUUUACAAUUUAACAAGGCAAAAAUGCAUCUGACUUCAGCUGUUAAACAAAUUACCUGUUUGAGGGGUUUCCCGCAUUAUUCAUUAAUUGACUGAUAAUAAAUUUUGCGCUAAAUGAGGCAUGAAAACUUUGUUCCACUUUGAAACAAAACCGGUGUUGAAUUAAAUCAAUUAAAUAUGUGGAAACAAAAGUUUUAUUGGAAAUUCCCAGAAUUCCGAUAUCAGAUCUUCAAACUAAAUACUUAUGAAUUGUGCACCGAAAAAUUGCAUGUGUACGCAUCUCAUUAAUAUGCGCGAUUUAGUGGAUCUCCCCGCCAAAGGGUUUAAGCAUUGUAUUGUGGCGAGACUAUGCAAAUCCUGCCUUUAAGAAAAACAUUCCAAAAAUUGAAGUCAAAUGCAAGAUGAAUUGAGAAAAUACUUAAUAUUCUAAUUUAUGCAAAAAAAACAUGAUAUAUGCCUGUUUAGGCUGGCAUAGCCCUGACUGCGGUAAUUGUUUGCCAUCAAAUAGCAGUGGUAAGAAAAAAAUUUAAAUAUUUCAGUGGUGGUCAUGGAUCUUACCAAUUUACAAGGAAGACAGCAGAUUGGAAUGGAUUGGGAAUAUGGGUGCAGAUGUAAUAAAUUACAUUCCAAUUGAUGAGUUACUUUUGACAAUUUAUUCCUCUUAAAUUUGCGCAUCACAAUUUAUGCAUCCUUGGAACAGAAAUUGUUACAAAACAUUGUGUUGAUUUCAGUUGCAAUUGGCUCGUUAAUAAAUUAUUAUCAUAACUGUGGUAAAAUAAAGAAUUGGUGGUGUGACA